AUGGCGAAUUAUCAUAUGUCCGGUGCCGAAUAUUUGGCCUCGAUUUAUGGUACCGAGAAAGAUAAGGUGAACUGCUCGUUCUACUUUAAAAUUGGGGCAUGCCGGCACGGGGACAAGUGCUCACGGACGCACAUUAUGCCGUCGUUCUCGCAGACAGUGCUCUUGAAGAAUCUGUACCACAAUCCGAUGAUUGAUACUCGACAGGCAGACGCUUUCGCUAAAGUUCGUUUCACUUUAUCAGUCCCAAUGAAAUAA